AUCAAAUUGAUUAAUUAGAGGAAGCAGCACAUGCAUAUUUGAGAGUAAUGCUAAUAGAUAGAUAGAUUGACUGACUUCAGUAUAUCUUUACUUACUGACUGACUUGUAUAUAACUGGGCUUAUUAUCUAAACAUCCUAAAACCAUGGCACCAUCUACCAAUAGACAGACCCAUUUUCAAAAGCUAUGAUCACUAUUCUUCUGUUUCCACACAUGUGCUUAUUUAGAAAGCACUGGCAUUUAAUAUGAUUCACUCGCGUCAUCACAGCUGGAACUCAAUUAACAAACAACUGUCCAGGAAACGCUAAGAUUCAGCUAAGAAACCGUUUUUUAUUGGUUUAUUUUGAAAGAAAUUAUUAGUCAUCACGGCAGUAAGCGCCGUCCAGAUGUCUUCAGCUGGUAAUGACUCAAGCUUUCUGGACUCUGAGUUUCGUUAUCAACUCUUCCCGGCCAUCUAUGGCAUCAUCUUCAUCCUGGGCCUCUUCGCUAAUUCCUACGUUCUGUUUGUCCUACACUCUCUGCGUGACGCCAGGGCCAUGAGUGAAAUCCGCAUCUACAUGACCAACUUGACCAUCGCUGAUCUCCUGUUUGUGUGUGCCCUUCCUUUCUGGAUUGGCUAUUACAGUCGCAACGGUAACUGGGUCUUCACAGACUUCAUGUGCCGGCUGACAGGCUCGUUUUUCUUCAUCAAUACCUACUGCUCCAUCCUCUUCCUCACAGCCAUUAGCGUCAACAGAUACUGGGCAGUCACCAAGCCUCUGGAUGUGGCCUCUUCAGACCACAGGCGCCGUGGGAUCAUCGUGUCUGCUGUCAUCUGGGUGGUGAUCGUGGCAAUGGCUGUUCCAUUUCUGGUGUCAAAAGGUAUCAAUGAAGAUAAGAAAGUCACUCGCUGUUUCGAGGGGUACCACAAUCAAACUGAUGCAGAGAAGAAAAUGGUGGCUGUCACACAUUUUGCAAUAAUUGGAUUGUUUUCUGUAGUUUUUGUUCUUGUCGUUGUGUGCAAUCUCCUUAUUGCCCUAUCCCUACUUUCUCAAACGCCUCCUGUGUCUGGAACAACUACAUCCAGAAAGUCCAACAGGACCCAGUCUUCCUCAUCUAAAAAGCCUGUGGGGGUGAAACGGAGGGCUCUGCAGUUGUUGAUAGCAGUCGUGGGAGUGUUUGUUCUGUGCUUCCUGCCUCACCAUGUCGUUCAAGGCUUUUGGACACUGGCAGUGUUGCAGAUCAGAGAGGGCUGGGGCCACGUGGACUGGGACCAGAAGACUCUGCAGGCACUCAACGACGCCCAUCAGAUCACCCUGCUUCUUAUGGGCCUCAACUGCAUUCUAGAUCCUGUGGUUUAUUAUUUUUCCACAAAGAGGUUUAGGAGGUUUAUCAUGGCUCACUUUAAAAAGUUAUCAAAGGGAGACGGGUGCUCACACACGGUCGUAACAGAGAUGUCCAUGGACAGCAGGAAUCAUAGCCAGAGACUACAGAGCGGGCACAAAAAGCCUGAUAUGGAUUAACUCAAACAGAUUUAUUUAAAAAUGUAUAUCUGUUACUUUUUUGUGUGAAAUAAUUUACCUCUAAUGUUGCCACUGAUUGAAGAUGACUAAACAUGACAUUUUUGUAUUCAUCAUUUAGCGCUGGGUAACCACACCCUCUCUCUGCGUACUGUCUACUUUUUUUGUGUGAAGUACAAGCAGAAAAGCAGAACUUUCGCAGACAGACAUACAUUAACAAAACAUGACUGAAAAUUAUGCAAAAGGGUGCUUUAUCAGUUUGUGAAAUUAACGGAUGAGGCAUGAAACUGUGAUGAAAUCAAGCAUAAUACACAUAUUUACCCCUAGCGACCUCUUUUUGAGUGUUUAGGAAUAUAUAAUAUGGGCACUUCUCUUUGGCAGAUAUCCCAAUAUCAAUAUCAGCUAAAUAUGUGAUAAUGAAAUUGCUGCCACCCAUCAGAGAAGUCAGUUUGUUUACGGCUUUACCUCGAAAAAUUAUAUCUGGUAUUGUGAAACCAGGAAACAGAAGUAAUGCAUUCUGAGGUAUGUUUCCUCUCUGCCAUCUGAUAUUGUGACAUUGUGUCAUGGUAAAAAAUGAGUCACUGUGAAAAGAAAGCCAAUGCUAUUGUCAUUUAGUUGUCUAAUAUUGUACUUUGAAUAUACUGUGAGCUUACAGUACCUGCUUUUGCAAAACAGAUGCACAUGUUUAUAUGUAUUUUUAAUCCAGUUGAACAGCUUUGUUUAUAUUGCACAUACUUUGUUUUUUUUUUUUGUUUUUUUUACA